AUGCCAGUGAUGAAAGGUCUCCUGGCCCCUCAGAACACCUUCUUGGACACCAUCGCCACCAGGUUUGAUGGUACCCACAGCAACUUCCUGCUGGGCAACGCGCAGGGGCACCGCGGUUACCCCAUCGUCUACUGCUCGGACGGCUUCUGCGAGCUCACGGGCUUUGUGCGCACGGAGGUCAUGCAGAAGAACUGCACCUGCCGCUUCUUGUAUGGGGCCGAGACCAGCGAGCACGUGGCCCAGCAAAUGGAAAAGGCUCUUGAGGGGCGACAGGAGUACCAGGCCGAGGUGCAGUUCUACAAGAAGAACGGGACCUCCUUCUGGUGUUUAUUGGACAUCGUGCCCAUCAAGAACGAGAAGGGCGAGAUGGUGCUCUUCCUGUUUUCCUUCAAGGACAUCACUAACACUCGUGGAAAAGGUCACCAGAGCAGCAAAAAGGAAGAGGACAGGAGGCGGUGCAGGAACAGCAGCGGCUCGCGCUUCACAGAUGCCCGGCGGAGGGGGCGCACGGUGCUCUACCACCUGAGCAGCCACUUGUCCAGGCGAAGCAAGAACGAAGUGAAGCUGAGCAGUGACGUGUUUGAGAAACCCUCCCUCCCGGAGUACAAGGUGGCUGCGGUGCAAAAGUCACGGUUCAUCCUGCUACACUACAGUAUCUCCAAGGCUCUGUGGGACUGGAUGAUCCUGCUGGCCACCUUCUACGUGGCAGUCACUGUGCCCUACAACGUGUGCUUCACCACUUAUGAUGACCUGGAGACCACGUCACGCAGCACUAUUGUCAGUGACAUUGCUGUGGAGAUGCUCUUCAUCCUAGACAUCAUCCUCAACUUCCGCACUACCUACGUGAGUCAGUCCGGCCAGGUGGUGUAUGACUCCCGGUCCAUCUGCAUCCACUAUGCGGCAACGUGGUUCUUUGUGGACCUGAUUGCAGCACUGCCCUUUGACCUCCUGUACGCCUUUAACAUCACCGUGACGUCUCUCGUCCACCUGCUGAAAACGGUGCGGCUGCUGCGCUUGCUGCGGCUGCUACAGAAGCUAGACCGCUACUCACAGUACAGCGCCAUGGUCCUCACACUGCUCAUGUCCAUGUUUGCCCUGCUGGCCCACUGGAUGGCCUGUAUCUGGUAUGUAAUUGGCCGCAAGGAGAUGGAGAGCAAUGAUCCCGUCACCUGGGACAUCGGGUGGCUGCAUGAGUUAGGGAAGAGGCUGGAAACCCCGUACACCAACAGCACGACUGGGGGUCCCUCACUGCGCAAUGCCUACAUCGCCGCCCUCUACUUCACCCUCAGCAGCCUCACCAGUGUGGGCUUUGGCAAUGUGUGUGCCAACACAGAUGCUGAAAAGAUCUUCUCUAUCUGCACCAUGCUCAUUGGAGCCCUGAUGCACGCAGUGGUGUUUGGCAACGUGACAGCCAUCAUCCAGCGCAUGUACUCCCGCCGCUCGCUGUACCACACACGCAUGAAAGACUUGAAGGACUUCAUCCGAGUGCACAGGCUGCCGCAGCAACUCAAGCAGCGCAUGCUGGAGUACUUCCAAACCACCUGGUCGGUGAACAAUGGCAUCGACGCCAAUGAGCUCCUUCAUGACUUCCCAGACGAGCUGCGUGCCGACAUCGCCAUGCAUCUCAACAAAGACAUCCUACAGCUGCCGGUGUUUGAGUCAGCCAGUCGGGGCUGCCUGCGCUCCCUCUCGCUGCACAUCAAGACCUCCUUCUGCGCUCCUGGGGAGUACCUCAUCCGGCAUGGGGAUGCACUGCACGCCAACUACUUUGUCUCCUCCGGCUCUCUGGAGGUGCUAAAGGACGGCAUGGUGCUGGCCAUCUUGGGGAAGGGCGACCUGAUUGGGGCAGACCUUCCUGCACACGACCAGGUGAUCAAGACCAAUGCAGACGUGAAGGCCCUCACCUACUGUGACCUGCAGCAUAUCAGUGUGCGAGCACUGCGUGAGGUGCUGGAGCUGUACCCCGAGUACGCGAGCCGCUUCACAGCCGACAUACACCACAGCCUCACUUACAACCUGAGGGAGGGCAGCGAGGCCGAGGGCUUGACAAGGUUUUCACGGUCGCCGAGGCUCCCCCACCAUCGCAUAGACCAUGGCACCCACCCUGAGAGCAAGUUCCCGCCGAUAGGUCAGAUGGAGGACAAACACGAGGACUACUUCCACCUGUCCCCAACCUCCAGGUCUCGGAGGAAUCUGAUGGUUCCCACAUUGAGCAGUCCUGUGCGCCGAACCUCCCUGGGGAGCCUCCUGGGUGACGAGCUACGCCAGUUCAAUGUACUCCGCCGCUGCCGCUCGCCUGUCCGUGGUUGCCGGGCCCGUAGCCCCUCCCCCAGCCAGAGGCGCAAGGAGGAGAACCAGAACUACCCAAAUCAGCGGCCCGCUAACACCCCCAAUCACACCGAGGCUGGGAACGGUCGCAAACAAUACAAGCUGUUCAUUCCCUCGCUCAACUGCUUCGGCCCCCCGGACCUCAGUCCCAGAGUUGUUGAUGGGAUUGAAGACAACGGGCAGACAUUUCACUUCGGUACGGAACGGAGUGGCGACAAAGCCAGUGGGGACCUCCUGGUGGACAGCAGCCAAGCUGCAGACACCAGUCAGAUGACUGCCACGCUACUCCUGGAGACGGAAGAGGUGAGAGAAAGCGUCUGUCAACUCAACAAAGAGAUGAGCCAGUUGAACCAGGAAGUGUCACAGCUAACCAAGGAGCUUCACCACAUGAUACACUUUCUGCAGGCCCACAUGGCUGUGCAACACUACACCUCGACCCUUUCCACGUACCCUUACGGGGUGCAUAUGGUCUCCAACCCUCCGGCCAGCGGCAGCAUGGCCUACAAUGUAGCACCUGGCCUCCAUUUGCACCACGAACCCGUGAGCCUGGAGCCCCUGGGGUAUCAUGUUGGAAGCACGUGGAGCUACGGAGGAUCCCACGGGAGCACCAGCCAAUCCCCAGGAAUAGUCAUGUGCCAACAAGUGGAGGUGGAGAACUGCCACUUGGUAGAACACCUGCACCACUUGUCAAGCCCCAGGUCUUGCCUGAAAACACCAUGCUUUACCCCUGGUCCUACUCCACAGGCAGGGCAUGGAGUGAGCACCGCUGCCCUUGGUAGCAUCCCUGUGAACCUCAGUCAUUCCCACCUGAGCCUUGCUCACCAGCCCCCUGUCAGCUAUAACACCAACCCGACUUCUGUCCACUCCUCCCUAACAGAGCCUGGUGGGUACCCCCACAUUCAUCUGUCCACAAUACCGCUGUUGCACUCUGUAGGCUCUAAGGAAAGUGGCCAAGGGGCAAGUUCGGGCCCUGUUCACCUCCUGGACACGUGCAACCCCUCGGACGCUCACCCACCUUGCUCUUCUCUGUCAGGAUCCACCCCUGUCCUGAGUCAGUCAUCAGUCACCUCCCAGGACUCUAGCCCAUCCAGGCAGGACACCUGUGACACGGAUCCUUCAUUGGGUGACUCUGCUGGAAUUGAACAUAUCAGCAUGGAGUGCCUGCUGAGUGAGCAAGGGUCUCUCGAGAGGAGGGACAGUGAGACCCCAAAGUCGCGGCGCUCCAGCAUUGGCAUUCAGACAUUAGACACGGAGCCCUUCUGGAGUCUGGACAUUACUGACUAGCUGCAUUAGGACAGGGCCUGCUCUUCAUCCUUGACCUCCAGUUGGACCUUGGGAACCAAGGAGUUUACAUCUCUGACAGGCAUUGUUCCAGCCUUUAAAAAUGUGCUCUUUUCUAAUGUUCACUGGGUUUUUUGAUCUUGGUUCAGGUAGAACUGCAGCUCCUCUAUGCAAAAGCAUCUUAAUUACACCACCCACUUACAUUGUUCUAUAUAUCUGUAUAGGUUAAAUACAAAGAAAGAGGAAUUUGUGUCUCAUCUGAUUAUCCGGUAUCUAGAGAUGCACGCAAUCGGUAACAUCUGGGACACUAAGUA